AUGGAGUCCUGGAUGCUUCUUUGCCUCCUUUUAAUCCUGCCUGACAAGCCACAAGGGACAGGGCCCAGGACCAUCGUGCAUCUGAAGUUGCAGGACUCUUUUCCUGGGAAUCUCUCACAAGCCCCCCAUUUCCAGGAGUUUCUGAAGGAGGUCUGUCACCUCCUGAAACUCCCAUCAGGGACCAACAUCACCCUCCAAAGCCCAGGGUCACCUCAUCAUGUCACCUGCUAA